UAGGUAGCGCUGCUUGGAUACCUGCCCCGUUCCCUUCAUUGUCGCAUUGCCCUUUGCGGCCAAAUUGCCUCCCAUCAGCAUUCCAAGCCCAUCCGCUCUGCUCGGAAUGGCCCGAUUCGGUCGGGUCAAGAAGUCCCCUCAGCCAGGAACGAAAAAUGCUGACCCGAAUAUGCUUGUGCUACCUACGUCAGAUCCCCAACAAGCCCCUCGUGUGAGCCUACCCCAUGUGGAAACGCAAUUGAAUAUGCAUCAAUACAAUGGCCUGUUUGAGAUUGGCUCCUCGGAGCGACAGAAGGCAUCCGCAGCCGAGGAGUCGUCGACCGAACCCGUAGCUGCCCCCGCCUCGAACGGGACGAACGGCGUCCACAACCCGACCACGAGCGAUGUUCCGGCAACCGAAUGGUCCUCCGCCGUCGGCCACGCAGCAACAGGGAAGUCCGGCCGCGUGAUCCAUAAUUUGCAGGAGGAAGUUGCGCGCCUGACUCGCGAUUGUAGCGUCUACCGCUCGCGGGCCGAGGAAACUCAGCGGAUGAACGAUGCCUACAAAAUCCAGGUUCAGAACAUGACCGAACGGCUCCGGAAUCUCGAACAGGCGAACGAGACCAACCUGCACUCCAUCUCACGGAAGGACAAGAAGAUCGACGAGCUGCGCGCAGAAGUUCAAAGCGAGAAAGACCGGAGAUCUAACAUCGAGGGAGAGGCUCGAAAGACUACCCAGUUGAUGGAUAAGGCUCGGGAUGAUUUCAAUCGGAAGUGCGCCGAGCUGCAGGAAAUUUCCCAUCAUUCUCAAACGCAAUACGAUGUGCUGGCAAAGACCGGGCAACGGGAGCGGGCGGAGCACCUGAAGAAACUCAAGUUGUUGAGGGAUGAUUUCGUUGCGCUGAAAAAGCGGAGUGAUGAGAAAGACCUCCGUGUGGAGCGCCUGGACGCAUUGAUGGCUGAGAAGGACCGUGAGCUUGAGACAAGCCGACAGAAGUUCGAGGCCCUUUUCGCCAACUAUGAAGCUUAUAAGCGAGCACAGGACGAAGAGGUGAGGUCGCUGAUUGAAAGCGGCCGUGAGGGCGAGGCCAAGAUCAACGCCGCUCUCGCUUCGUUGCAGGAAACUCAGGGGCAGAUGAAAUGGGCCAUUCGGGUGAAAGAGGAUAUCAAGGACGCCCAAUAAAUGCAACAUCUUCGCCCAUGAUGAUACUAACAGACGUUCCUGGCGACACUAUGACGAGCAGAACAGCUCGG